CCUCUGUCUUUCUCUAGAACUCUCCCUCCACACCUCUUCCUCUCUUUCUCUCUCUCUCUCUUUCUCUCUCUUCUUUCUCCUUAGGGUUUUCUCCAUUGGAGAGCUCGGGGCAAGCUUCGCCCAUACUGUGUGGAAUUUCUCCAGUCAUGUGAUGAGGGAGCGAAGUUGAACUGGGCAAAGGAAGUAGAAGUAAUCCAUGGAUCAAUCUGGACAGCAACAGCAGUCACAGCAGCAGCCUUCAGCUGGAGCUGUAACAAGUGCAGCCCAAAUAACUUAUACUUCCCCUACCUACCAGAGUUCUGCAAUGGUGGCAUCUGGUACUCCUGCAGUAGCUGUUCCUUCAGCAACUCAGCCAGCAACUACGUUUUCUGCUUCCCAGCAUCAGCUUGCAUACCAGCAGGCCCAGCACUUUCACCACCAACAGCAGCAGCAACAACAACAGCAACUUCAGGUUUUCUGGGCGAACCAGAUCCAGGAGAUUGAGCAAACGACCGACUUCAAAAACCAUAGCCUUCCACUUGCUAGGAUCAAGAAGAUAAUGAAGGCUGAUGAGGAUGUACGAAUGAUAUCAGCAGAAGCUCCAGUUGUAUUUGCAAAAGCAUGUGAGAUGUUCAUCUUGGAGUUGACAUUGCGCUCAUGGAUCCACACAGAGGAGAACAAGCGGAGGACACUGCAGAAGAAUGACAUUGCUGCAGCCAUUACAAGGACAGACAUAUUUGACUUUUUGGUUGAUAUCGUCCCAAGGGAUGAGUUAAAGGAGGAGGGCCUUGGGAUCCCCCGAGCAGCUGUACCAGCAGUGGGUGCACCAGCUGACUCUAUCCCAUACUACUAUGUCCCUCCACCACACCAGGUCGGAGCCCCUGGGAUGAUAAUGGGGAAACCAGUGGAUCAAGCCGCAGCAGCACUCUAUGCUGCCCAACAGCCUCGCCCCCCCGUGGCAUACAUGCCAUGGCCACAACCUCAACCUCAGCAUCAACAAUCUCAACAGUCUCAACAGCAGCAAAAUGAUGCCUGAUGGAAGUUAAGGUAAGGGUCAUAUGGGAGUUUCAAUACCUGGUGGUUGCUGUAUUGACUAGCACUGUUUUAUUGUGGAUUUAAUGGUAAAAGGUUCUUGAUAAAUCCUGGUUGUAUCUACCAUACUAUAAUUGUAUCACUAGUAUUUAUGACAGUAUCAAAAGUGAGUGGGGCGAUUUUAGAAAGUUUGGAGGGAGGGGGAACUAUAUCGUCUGCUCUCAUGGUCUUUUAGUGACGUGAAGAGUAGAAUGAGCAACUAUUGCACUUGUAUUAAUCCAUUAUCAAUGUGACUACACAUCAUCAGUGGUCAUAGAAGUUUAUUGUAGAUCAACCUGUUGAUUUUUGUGUUAUCAAGA